CAAAGUGUUGUCAUUCGAGCAAGAGCCACCAGCGGGGAGGACAACCUUCCAGCGAGCUCUAGGAUGAGCAAGAACCAUCAUUUUGGUAUUUAUUAACGGUGUCUUUUUAAACAACCGUGUCUUUUUGACGGGCACGUCUCGCCGCUUUUAAGUCGUCAUAGUCGGAAAACUCAUUUUGGCCAAGCUAAUGCUAACACCAGCUUGCCUCCACCGUCCGUCCCCUGUGCGGCCGAAGUAGCCGAGCGACCGCCUCCUCUUUCCGCCGCCGAGCCGCCCUCCAAGCAUGGAGAAAAGUAGCCGCUUGCUGGAGCUCCUCCGCUUCCUACGAGACCCCCACCUGGUCGCUCGCUUCCAGCACAUUUGCGGGGUGCGAGGGACGUUCUCCGGGGGCGGCGGCGAAGCGGAGCCGAGCGAGGCGCACAACAACGGGGCUUGCUACCACCAGCUGGACGCGGACCACGGGGGCGAGGCAGCGGGGACGGCUCGGAAGAGGACGGCCGGUUUAAAGAACUCUCCCCACAACUGCUCCCUUCCCGAGCACAGCGGGGCCAUGACGGAUGGAGCCGACACGGUCAAGCCCCUCCGCAGAAACUCCUUGACGGGGGACGCCGGCCAAGAGUUUCGGGUGGAGAACCGCUUCUUGUACUACCUGUUCUCCUUCGGAACCGAGCUGGGCAACGAGUUCUUCUACAUCACCUUCUUCCCCUUCCUGCUGUGGAACGUGGACGCCUUCGUGAGCCGGCGGCUCAUCAUGGUGUGGGUGUGGGUCAUGUACCUGGGCCAGUGCACCAAGGACGUCUUCCGCUGGUCCAGACCCGCCUCGCCUCCUGUGGUCAAAGUGGAGAUGUUCUACAACUCCGAGUACAGCAUGCCGUCCACCCACGCCAUGUCCGGCACCGCCAUUCCCUUCGCCCUCUUCUUCAUGACCUGUGGCCGCUGGGAGUACUCCGUCACACUGGGUUACGUCUUGGCUUUCUGCUGGUGUCUGCUGGUCUGCGUCAGUCGGAUCUACAUGGGCAUGCACUCGGUUCUGGACGUCAUCGUCGGAGUGAUCUACAGCGUGCUCAUCCUACUCGUCUUGCUGCCGGCGUUGGACGCCAUCGACCAUUUUGUGCUGACGUGCGCCUACGCCCCACUGGUCAUCGUGAGUCUCCACCUGAGUCUGGGCCUCUUCUCCUUCACUCUGGACACGUGGAGCACGUCCCGAGGCGACACGGCUCAGAUCCUGGGCUCGGGCGCCGGCGUGGCCCUGGCGUCCCACGUCAACCACCGCCUGGGCCUGAUGCCGGACCCGCUGCCGGAACGUCUCCCACUGUCGCUGCCCGCCCUCAGCGGGGACCUGGUGGGGACGGCGGCGCUGCGUUUCCUGCUAGGCGUGCUGAUCCUGGUGGCCACGCGGGCGCUGAUGAAGGCCCUGACCAUCUCGCUCGUGUGCCGCAUCUUGGCCAUUCCUGGCGACGACGUGAGGAAGGCGAGGCAGCACAUGGAGGUGGAGCUUCCCUACCGCUACAUCGUCUACGGGACGGUGGGCUUCAACGUGCUCUUCCUGGUGCCCCUCAUCUUCAGCUACCUGCCGCUUUGUUGACCACCUCCUUGCUAGUGACAGCACAGCGCCCUCUGAUGGCACGGUUAUCUGAAAAACACUUUCUUCGACGGAUCACUACUGAUUCCCGAGCACCAGCGUUGAUUUGCACUGACGACCUCCAAGCCGGAAGUCUUUUUUGUGGACGCAAACGAGCUGCUAAGUUUGUCAGCUCUGUGAUCGCUUGCUCUUCCUGUUCGGAGAAAAGCACAAGCCGGCACAUAAGAUCCACUUUCAAGACCUAAUGUACACUGUAAGAACUGAAGUUGUUGUCAACGCAGCUAUGAAGACACGCUUUCUCUAGUGGUGCUUUACCAUUUUUACCGCUGGCUUCACAAUCAACUUCAAUACGCAAUACAAUGAGAGGUAUUUUUCAAAGAUUCUUUAGUUAGAAAUCAAUCGUAGCACUGUGAUUGGUCGAUUGUGACCUUGUUUUGACCCAGACAUCAAUCAAUCAUUUACUUAUAUGGCCCUAAAUCUCGAGUGUCUCAAAGGGCUGCACAAGCCACAACGACAUCAGGGCAAGAAAAAAACUCGACCCAAUGGGAUGACAAUGAGGACCCUUGGAGUGGACCACAGAUGUGGGCGACCGGUGCCAUGGACGGACGAGUGGAUCUAGCAUAAUAUUGUGAGAGUCCAGUCCAUAGUGGAUCUAACAUAAUAGUGAGAGUCCAGUCCAUAGUGGAUCUAACAUAAUAUUGUGAGAGUCCAGUCCAUGGUGGAUCUAACAUAAUAGUGUAAGAGUCCAGUCCAUAGUGGAUCUAACAUAAUAUUGUGAGAGUCCAGUCCAUGGUGGAUCUAACAUAAUAGUGUGAGAGUCCAGUCCAUAGUGGAUCUAACAUAAUAGUGUGAGAGUCCAGUCCAUAGUGGAUCUAACAUAAUAUUGUGAGAGUCCAGUCCAUGGUGGAUCUAACAUAAUAGUGUGAGAGUCCAGUCCAUAGUGGAUCUAACAUAAUAUUGUGAGAGUCCAGUCCAUGGUGGAUCUAACAUAAUAUUGUGAGAGUCCAGUCCAUAGUGGAUCUAACAUAAUAUUGUGAGAGUCCAGUCCAUAGUGGAUCUAACAUAAUAGUGAGAGUCCAGUCCAUAGUGGGGCCAGCAGGAGAUCAUCUUGAGUGGAGACAGGUCAGCAGCGCAGAGACGUCCCCAACUGAUGCACAGACAAGUGGUCCACCCUGGGUCCCCCACUUUGGACAGCUAGCGCCUCAUCUGUGGUCACCGAAUCGGUUGUUGUUGUGGAGCUUUAAAAAGACCUUUUUAAAUUGUUCACAAAACUUCGUCUAGAAAACGAGGCUACGUUCACACUCCAGUUCCGUUUUUUCUUUGUCAAAUCCAAUCUUUUCAGUGGCUGUGCAAAUGACCCCCCAAAAAAGUGAUUUUUAAUGUGAAUACAAUCUGACCCGACAAGACGUUUACGGAAGUAAAAAUGGCUCGGUCUCAGUACUUGUGCGCUUACGUGGCAAUUUCAAGGUUUUUGUGCAAUCAAAGUCAACAUUUUCUGAACCAAUCAAUCAAAAAGGCCUGGGUCAGAUCCCGAGAUGUCUGAAUCGGAACAGUUCUUACCAACAUGAAAAAAUGUGAACCACAAAAAAAAUGGUGGUGUGAACGUAGCCACAUGCUAUGCUAGUAUUCCACUUGAGACUUGCAGGGUAGAUCUUCAAAAUGUACCAAAAACUUCCUCAAGCCGACACCACGGCUCGUUCCUGGGUUUUGCUGCCGACUGAGAAACAUCGGACUUCCACAAAGGUCAGGACCACGACCUGGGAUCUCACCUGUAAACAAGCGAUCAUUUUAUAUGCAGACUUUCAGCCUGAAUCCCAGGCAGGACUCAGAACCUUUUGUCAUGUGACCAAAUAUGGCCAGCCCAGCUCCACUUUAGUGCCCUCUAGUGCCUUACGAGGUCAUUGCAGGGUUUGCCACGUGGCCUUCUGCACUUCGCUCAAGCAGCAUCUAUAUCAGGGGUGUCCAAACUUAACCCAGCGAGGCCUGAUCAUUUUGCAAUGCGUUCCGCUGGAAACUAUGGAAAGCGCCACUCGACAUGGCAAAGUUAAAACACAUUUUAAGAUAUUCAGAACUCUACUGCCAUCUGGCGGCUAAAGUGGAUAUUGGAAAUUUGUCACGUUUCAUAUGUCGGGUAGAUGUGGCCAUGUGAAUCCCCUUCCUACUGUACUUCAACUUUUAUACUGGAAAAGAUGCUCAAAUGAGUUAGUAAAGUAAUACCUCAGUUUUUGACUAAUUCGUUCCCAAAGGUCUGAUAAAAACCGAAGAAAUUCCCCCUACAUUAAGCAUUUUCAAGCAUAAAAAUACAUUUUCUGGGCUAAAAAAAUCGGAAUACUACAAAAAUGGGACUCAUUACCUCCCUGCUUGGCACUCAGCAUCAAGGGUUGGAAUCGGGGGUUAAAUCACCAAAAAUUAUUCCCGGGCGCAGCACCGCUGCUGCCCACUGCUCCCCUCACCUCCCAGGGGGUGAACAAGGGGAUGGGUCAAAUGCAGAGGACAUAUUUCACCACACCUAGUGUGUGUGUGACAAUCAUUGGUACUUUAACUUAAUUUAUCAUUGGCCAUUAAAAACCUCUAAAGGCUUAGUGGCCACAUGUGUGGACAGCACCUUUUAGCUCUUAUUUCCAAAAUUGUGUACACUACUGAAUUGGGGUCUUAUGGCCACUUAUGUGGACACUUAUACUGCCAUCUGGUGGUGUCAGAAGAGUAUAACAUACAAUGGAAUUUGGAGGGGGGGAAAGUGUUAAAAUAAGAAUUAGCAUGUCACUACACAUGAAGUACACGUUUGUGUACUUAUGGACUAAGUACAUAUCAAAAGAUGAUUCUUAGUUUUUAUUCUAAUUAGGGUCUAAUGAGCCCAAAUAGCAAAGAAAAAUAAAAUAAAAAGCAUGUAAACAAACUUGGGCCUUAAGAGGUUAAAGGAGAGCAAACGAUGUGGUUCAGUAUCAUGGCCUCUGAUUGGCUUAGCCCCGAGCAUCGGAUUAAAGGAGUUAUUUCGUGUUAUAAAUGGUUGUCAACAGUUUGUUUUUUUUGCGCUCUUUGAAAAUAUUUCAUCAUUCCUACUUAAGGGGGAAAAAAUUCCCAAUUGAAAUGAAUGAAAAGGGAUCCAUGAGGGAUUACUGCACGUAUAAAUCUUGAAUAGAAUGUAUAAACUAGAUAAUUCCCACGGAAAAUUUGAUGGGUCAGAAUUCCAAUAAAUGUUAAAAUAUGGCCGAGUUUGAUCGAGUCGGAAAUAUUGAUUUUUUUGUUUUAUAGAACUAGGGCUGCAACAACUAAUUGAUUAAAAUCGAUUAUAAAAAUAGUUGGCGAUUAAUUUAGUCAUCGAUUCGUUGGAUCUAUGCUAUGCGCAGACGCUACUUUUUUUACUUUAUUUUAUUUUUUACAAACUGCAACAUUUACAAACAGCUGAGAAACAAUAAUUAAAAUAAGUAUGGUGCCAGUAUUCUGUUUUUUUCCCCCAAUAAAAUGCUGGAAAGGAUAGAAAUGUAGUUUGUCUCUUUUAUACGAUUAUUAAUCGAUUAAUCGAAGUAAUAAUCGACAGAUUAAUCGAUUAUUAAAUUAGUUGUUAGUUGCAGCCCUAUCUAGAACCGACAUUUAACAUUGGGGUCAAUUUCGCUGACUUUCUUGGCUUUUGAUGGCCAUCAGAGGCGAAAUGGGACAUAAAAGGGAUAUUUUCUGAGAGGACGAGUGUGUCAACGUUUUCACCGAAACACGUGACAGUGGGAUAAAAGAUGUGGCCGUGACGACAGGUUGUUCAACAAAAAAAAGCGUAUUUCCGGGUCUGCCGCCCUCUAGUGUACAACAUCUGCUUUAAUGGGAGAACCCCCAUGGCGCUCGCCUCCUUCCGAUGGCCAUCCACCAAAAACCAAACAUUGGACGUAAAAACUUUUCAUCCAGGUUUAACGUAGACAAGUGUGUGAACAAAAUGAGACGUUAAACACCGAGCUACGUGAAAGUAUGACUGAGCUACAAGAGGAGGCGAUCUCGCUGUUUUGGCAAAAUCCUCCCUAUUCAAUGGGCCCAUAGUGAUUAGUAUCUGCAAUAGCGUCACCAUGGUAACACUAAAUGAUCCCAACUAUAAAUACUGCCCUCGUCCUCAUCGAGACCUUUCCGACGGUAUAAGAUAUGUAGGGGUUUGUUGGUUGGUUCGUCGCUUAUUAAUCGCCAAAGUUUAGGAUAGGAAAAAAAACAAAACUAAGGUAUGAGCAGUAAUAUGAGCUACUUGCUUAGCAGCAGGCCCAUAAUUAAAGUUAUAAAACUUUUUAAGCCAGGGUUAACUUAGACAAGUGUGUGAACAAAAUGAGACGUUAAACGCCCAGCUACGUGAAAGUAGGACUGAGCUACAAGAGGAGGCGAUCUCGCUGUUUUGGCAAAAUCCUCCAUUUUAAAGGUUCCCCAUAGCGAUUAAUUUCCGAAAUAGUGUCACCAUGGUAACAAGAAAUGAUCCCAACUAUAAAUACUGCUGUCGUCCUCAUUGAGACCUUUCCGACGGUAUAAGAUAUGUAGGGGUUGGUCGGUUGGUUCGUCGUGCAUUACUCGCGAAAUUUUAGGGUAGAAACAAAACUGUAAAGUAUGAGCAGUAGUAAUAUGAGCUGCUUGCUUAGCAGCAGGCCCAUAAUUACAGGUAUAAAACUUUUUAAGCCAAGGUUAACGUAGACAAGUGUGUGAACAAAAUGAGACGUUAAACACCGAGCUACGUGAAAGUAGGACUGAGCUACAAGAGGAGGCGAUCUCGCUGUUUUGGCAAAAUCCUCCAUUUUAAAGGUUGCCCAUAGCGAUUAAUUUCCGAAAUAGUGUCACCAUGGUAACAAGAAAUGAUCCCAACUAUAAAUACUGCUGUCGUCCUCAUUGAGACCUUUCCGACGGUAUAAGAUAUGUAGGGGUUUGUCGGUUGGUUCGUCGUGCAUUACUCGCGAAAUUUUAGGGUAGAAACAAAACUGUAAAGUAUGAGCAGUAGUAAUAUGAGCUGCUUGCUUAACAGCAGGCCCAUAAUUAAAGUUAUACAACUUUUUAAGCCAGGGUUAACGUAGACAAGUGUGUGAACAAAAUGAGACGUUAAACACCGAGCUACGUGAAAGUAUGACUGAGCUACAAGACGAGGUAAUCUUGCUGUUUUAGCAAAGUCCUCCAUUUUAAAGGUUGCCCAUAGCGAUUAAUUUCCAGAAUAGCUUCACCAUGGUAACACGAAAUGAUCCCAACUAUAAAUACUGCCGUCGUCCUCAUCGAGACCUUUCCGACGGUAUAAGAUACGUAGGGGUUUGUUGGUUGGUUCGUCGCUUAUUAAUUGCCAAAGUUUAGGAUAGGAAAAAAAACAAAACUAAGGUAUGAGCAGUAAUAUGAGCUACUUGCUUAGCAGCAGGCCCAUAAUUACAGGUAUAAAACUUUUUAAGCCAGGGUUAACUUAGACAAGUGUGUGAACAAAAUGAGACGUUAAACACCGAGCUACGUGAAAGUAUGACUGAGCUACAAGAGGAGGCGAUCUCGCUGUUUUGGCAAAAUCCUCCAUUUUAAAGGUUGCCCAUAGUGAUUAGUGUCCGGAAUAGCGUCACCAUGGUAACACGAAAUGAUCCCAACUAUAAAUACUGCCGUCGUCCUCAUCGAGACCUUUCCGACGGUAUAAGAUACGUAGGGGUUUGUUGGUUGGUUCGUCGCUUAUUAAUCGCGAAAGUUUAAGAUCGGAAACAAAACAAAACUGUAUAUGAGCAGUAAUAAUAUGAGCUGCUUGCUUAGCAGCAAGCCCAUAAUUAAAGUUAUAGGACACUCUUGGACGCCACCUUGUUUUGGUACGAGUUUGUGUUUGAAUUCACAAGAGUUUCUCACCUUCUUUACCAAAGUGCUGGCAUUCACAACUUUAUUCGGCCCUGUGCUGGAUUACUUCCUAGCUGUGUUAUCACUUCUACGGUCGAUAACGCACUUUGGACACCCCUGCAUGGUUCUUGUGCUAUUUUUGAUACGCUAUGUUUUAUUUGAGGCGGCUGCAUUCAGUCCAAAUAAAUCUGAUAAAUGUG